CACUUCCUCUAUUUUAGGGUUUCAUAUUUAUUUAUCAGAAUAACAGAGGGAAGCCGCCGUUUGCAGUGCCAGGAGAACAACAGCGGAAGAAUCAAGCAAUGGCGAGAAUCAAGGUCCAUGAGUUGAGACAGAAGUCAAAAGCUGACCUUUUAGCUCAAUUGAAAGAUCUCAAAGCUGAACUUGCUCUUCUUCGCGUUGCAAAAGUUACCGGUGGUGCAUCUAACAAGCUUUCCAAGAUAAAGGUGGUAAGGCUAUCAAUUGCUCAGGUGUUGACAGUAAUCUCACAGAAGCAGAAGGCCGCACUGAGGGAGGCAUAUAAGAAGAAGAAAUUCUUGCCUCUUGAUCUACGUCCCAAGAAGACCAGAGCCAUCAGGAGAAGGCUUACCAAGCACCAGGCAUCGUUGAAGACUGAACGGGAGAAGAAGAGGGAAAUUUACUUCCCAAUGAGGAAGUAUGCCAUUAAGGUGUAGGCAUCUUUCAGAUAGGAUUUUAUUUUCAAGUCCAGUUGUCCUUUACUUUGCUAGUAUCAUAUUUAUGAAACCCAAGUUGUGAUUUUGUUCAAUUGUUAUGUUUGUGUGAACUUUUUCCUUGUCAAACCAGGAUGCUGAUCUUUUUGAAGUGGUAAUUAAAUGAGGGAUUUUUCCA